AUCGUAUUUCCGGAUGAUGCAAAAGAACUGAAAACUCAGAACAGAUUUGUUAGAAACUGCAAUAGGGAGUGUGUAUUUCUUUUUAAAAGCUAUCGGUUAAAAAAAAAAGCGUUAAAAGUUUUGAAAAGUGACAAUGGCAGAAGCUGAGCAUGUGUCUAUGAAUGCUGAUGAGAAGUUUACACUUAUCACAAGAAAUCUUCAGGAAACUAUUGGAGAGGAUCGAGUAAAGGCAGUAUUGAAGGAGCGAGAUUUGAAAGUAUACUGGGGAACAGCAACAACAGGAAAACCUCAUGUUGGUUAUUUUGUUCCCAUGUGUAAAAUAUCGGACUUCCUCAGAGCUGGCUGUGAGGUAACGAUACUGUUUGCUGAUCUUCAUGCCUACCUUGACAAUAUGAAGGCCCCCUGGGCUCUGCUACAGCUGAGGGUACAGUACUAUGAGCAUGUGAUCAAAGCUAUGCUCAAAUCUAUAGGUGUACCUCUAGAUAAACUCAAGUUUGUGAGAGGAACAGAUUUUCAAUUGAGCAAGGAGUACACGCUGGAUGUGUACAGAUUGUCUUCAAUGGUGACAGAACAUGAUGCCAGGAAAGCAGGAGCAGAAGUUGUCAAACAAGUGGACCAUCCUUUACUGAGUGGAUUGCUUUACCCAGGUUUACAGGCAUUGGAUGAAGAGUACCUGAAAGUUGAUGCACAGUUUGGUGGUGUGGACCAGAGAAAAAUCUUCACAUUUGCCGAAAAAUAUAUGCCACACCUGGGCUACACGAAAAGAGCUCAUCUUAUGAACCCUAUGGUACCAGGACUGACCGGAGGGAAAAUGAGCUCUUCAGAAGAAGAUUCCAAAAUAGAUCUUCUUGAUUCAACAGCUCAGGUGAAGAAGAAACUAAAGAAAGCAUUCUGUGAGCCUGGAAACACAGCUGAUAAUGGUGUCUUGGCAUUCUGUAAAUCUGUCCUCUUUCCACUCUCUAAAACUGGAGAGUUCAAAAUAGAAAGAGCGGAGGAAAAUGGUGGUAAUUUACUUUUUACAAAUUAUGAAGAUCUUGAAAAAGCCUUUGCUAGUCAGGAGUUACAUCCAGGUGAUCUAAAGGCAGCUGUGGAAAUUUACCUGAAUACUUUGCUUGAACCAGUCCGGCAAGAGUUUAGCACACCAGAACUGAAGAAACUCACCUCAAAUGCUUACCCUGUACAAAAGAAAAAGGGAGGUAAUACUGCUGCUGCAGCUGGUGGAAAUACAGAUGCUGAGUUGUCUCCCUCUAGAUUAGAUCUCCGAGUUGGGAAAAUUGUUAAAGUUGAAAAGCAUCCAGAUGCUGAGUCCCUUUUUGUAGAGACAGUGGAUUUAGGUGAGCCAGAGACCAGGACUGUUGUGAGUGGACUUGUUGGCCUUUAUCCUGAGGAAAAACUACAAGACAAACUGGGUGUUUUCCUGUGUAAUCUAAAACCAGUCAAAAUGAGGGGGAUCACAUCUUGUGCAAUGUUAAUGUGUGCCUCUGUAGAAGAACCUCGAGCUGUGGAGCCACUGAAUCCACCAGAGGGUAGUGCACCUGGAGAUAGAAUCUACUUUGAUGGUCACAGUUCUGAUAAACCCGACGAACAGCUGAAUCCCAAGAAAAAAGUUUGGGAUAAAUUACAAGUUGAUAUGAGAACUAACAGUGAAUGUGUAGCAGAAUGGCAAGGCAGUAAUAUGAUGUCAAAAUUAGGACUCGUAAAGUGUGACACUUUAAAAUCUGCACCAAUUAAGUGAUGGAAAUUUCUUUUAGCUCAGUUUUGCCAGCCCUCAUAAGAACUCUGUGGAAAAGAAACUUUUGCAAAUGUGAUUUAAUUUAAUUGAAAGUGUAAAUAGUAAAAGAUAUUGUAGUAACAAUGCUCAGCAAUUUUAAGCCUUUUACUCAUUUGGUACAAAAGGAUGUUUAUGAUCAGAUAAGAAUGAGAAGUAACCACUAUAGUUUUUUUGCUAGUCUUUUGCUUUUGUUAGCUCAUCUGAGCACAAGUGCUCAAGGUGAGGUAUUGUGACCGUCAUUGUCCGGCAUCCGUCAACAUUUGCCUUGUGAACACUCUAAGGCCACAGUUGUGACCCAGUCUUUAUGAAACUUGGUCAGAAUGUUUGUCUUGAUGAUCUCUAGGUCAGUUUCGAAACUGGGUCAUGUGGGGUCAAAAACUAGGUCAGUAGGCCAGAUCAAUGGGAAAGCUUGUGAAAACUCUAGAGGCCACAGUUGUGACGCAAUCUUUAUGAAACUUGUUUAGAAUGUUUGUCUUGAUGAUCUCUAGAUCAAGGUUGAAUCCAGGUCAUGUGGGGUCAAAAACUAGGUCACCCUGUCAAAUCAAAGGAAAGCUUGUGAACACUUUAGAGGCCACAAUUGGUGCUCAAUCUUUUUGAAACUUCAAAAUGUUUGUCUUGAUGAUCUCUAGGUCUAGUUGAAAAAUGGGUCAUGUAGGGUUAAAAACUAGGUCAUUAGGCCAGAUCAAAGGGAAAGCUUGUGAACACUAGAGAUCACAAUUUAAGUUUGAAACUCGUGAGAAUUGGUCAGAAUGUUAGUCUUGGUGACCUCUUGGUCAGUUCGAAUUUGGGUCAUGUGGGGUCAAAAGCUAGGUCACCCGGUCAAAUCAAAGGAAAAGCUUGUGAACACUCUAGAGUCCACGGUUGUGACUUAAUCUUUAUGAAACUUGAUCAGAAUGUUUGCGUUGUUAAUUUCUAGGUCAAGUUUGAAACUUGGUCAUGUGGGGUCAAAAACUAGGUCAGUAGGCCAAAACAAAGGAAAGUCUUGUUAACACUAGAGACCACAAUUUAAGUUUGAAACUCAUGAGAAUCGAUCAGAAUAUUUUUCUUGAUGAUUUCUAGUCCAUGUUCGAAUCUGGGUCAUGUUGGGUCAAAAAGCAGGUCACCCGGUUAAAUCAAAGGAAAAGCUUGUGAACACUCUAGAGGCCACAGUUGUGACUCAAUCUUUACAAAACUUGGUCAGAAUUUUUGGCUUGAUGAUUUCUAGGUCAAGUUUAAAACUGGGUCAUGUGGGUCAAAAACUAGGCCAGUAGGCCAAAUCAAAGGAAGAUCUUGUUCACACCUUAGAGACCACAAUUAAGUUUGAAACUCAUGAGAAUUGGUCAGGAUGUUUUGUCUUGAUGACCUCUAGAUCAAUCUGGGUCAUGUGGGGUCAAAAACUAGGUCAUCCGGUCAAAUCAAAGGCCACGUUUAUGACCUUAUCUUCAUGAAUUUUGUUCAAAAUGUUUAUCUUGAUGAUCCUUAGCCCAGUUUCGAAUCUGUGUCAUAGGGGUUCAAAAACUAGGUCACCUGUUAAAAUAAAAGAAAAACCUUGUGUAUGCAAUAGGGGCUGCAUUUUUCAUUUGAUGUGUACAAAACUUUGUCAGAAUGUUUGGUCUGCAUGAAAUCUGGUACGAAUUUUCAUCUGGGUCACGUGGGGUAAAAAACUAGGUCACCAGGUCAAAUAAAAGAAUAAGCUUGAUUACACUCUAGGGGCCAGAUUUUUAGCUCACCUGAGCACAAAGUGCUCAAGGUGAGCUUUUGUGAUCGCCCUGUGUCCGUCGUCCGUCAUCCGUCCGUCCGUCGUCAACAGUUUGACUGUUAACACUCUAGAGGUCACAAUUUUGGCCUGAUCUUCAUGAAACUUGGUCAGAAUGUUACCCUCAUAAAAAUCUUGGACGAGUUCGAUAUUGGGUCAUCUGGGGUCAAAAACUAGGUCACCAGGUCAAAUCAAAGGAAAAGCUUGUUAACACUCUAGAGGUCACAAUUUUGGCCCAAUCUUAAUUAAACUUGGUCAGAGUGUUACCCUCAAUAAAAUCUUGGACGAGUUCAAAAUUGGGUCAUCGGCGGUCAAAAACUAGGUCACCAGGUCAAAUCAAAGGAAAAGCUUGUUAACACUCUAGAGGUCACAAUUUUGGCCCAAUCUUAUUGAAACUUGGUCAGAAUGUUACCCUCAAUAAAAUCUUGGACAGUUUCUAUAUUGGGUCAUCUGGGGUUAAAAACUAGGUCACCAGGCCAAAUCGAAGGAAAAGCUUGUUAACAUUGUUAUGGCCAUAUUUAUGACCAUAUCUUUAUGAAACUUAGUCAGAAUGUUAAUCUUGAUGAUAUAUAGGUCAAGUUCAAAUCUGGGUCAGAUGGGGUCAAAAACUAGGUCACUAGGUCAAAUCAAAGGAAAAGAUUGACAACACUCUAGAGGCCACAUUUUUGACUGUAUCUUCAUGAAACUUAGUCAGAAUGUUUAUCUUGAUGAUCUUUAGAUCAAGUUCUAAUCUGGAUCUUAUGGGGUCAAAAACUAGGUCACCCGGUCAAAUCAAAGGAAAAGCUUGUUAACACUCUAGAGGUCACAAUAUUGGCCCAAUCUUAAUGAAACUUGGUCAGAAUUUUACCCUCAGUAAAAUCUUGGAAGAAUUUUAUAUUGGGUCAUUUGGGGUCAAAAACUAGGUCACCAGGUCAAAUCAAAGGAAAAGCUUGUUAACACUCUAGAGGUCACAAUUUUGGCCCAAUCUUCAUGAAACUUGGUCAGAAUGUUACCCUCAAUAAAAUCUGGGACGAGUGAUAUUGGGUCAUCUGGGGUCAAAAACUAGGUCACCAGGUCAAAUCAAAGGAAAAGCUUGUUAACACUAGAGGUCACAAUUUCGGCCCAAUCUUAAUGAAACUUGGUCAGAAUGUUACUCCAAUAAAAUGUUGGAUGCGUUCGAUAUCGGGUCAUGUAGGGUCAAAACUAGAUCACCAGGUCAAUUCAAAGGAAAAACUUGUUAACACUCUAGAGGCCAUAUUUAUGACUGUAUCUUCAUGAAUCUUAGUCAGAAUAUUAAUCUUGAUGAUCUUUAGAUCAGGUUCGAAUCUGGGUCUUGUGGGGUCAAAAACUAGGUCACCGGGUCAGAUCAAAGGAAAAGCUUGUUAACACUCUAGAGGUCACAAUAUUGGCCCAAUCUUAAUGAAACUUGGUCAGAAUGUUACCCUCAAUAAAAUCUUGAACAAUUUCGAUAUUGGAUCAUCUGGGGUAAAAAAUUAGGUCACCAGGUCAAAUCAAAGGAAAAGCUUGUUAACACUCUAGAGGCAACAUUUAUGACUCUAUCUUCAUGAAACUUGGUCAGAAUUUUAAUCUUGAUGAUCUCAAGGUCCAGUUUUAAUCUGGUUCAUGUAGGGUCAAAAACUAGGUCACCAGGUCAAAUCAAAGAAAAAGCUAGUUAACACUCUUGAGGCCACAUUUAUGACCAUAUCUUAAUGAAAUUUGGUCAGAAUGUUAAUCUUCGCGAACCACUGCGCCCAGGACCUUCAAACUUCACAUGCCGAUAGUACUUAUUGAGUACACCACCCCUACUGACUUUGGGGUCACCAGGUCAAAGGGUCAAGGUGCUGCGGGGGCAUUUGUUAUUAUAAAGCCUUAGAUGAUUUCAGAUCAGGGUCACGUUGGACAAAGAACUAGGUCACUAGGUCAAAUCAAAGGAAAAGCUUGUAUACACCCUAGAGGCCACUUUUUUGCCCCAGUCUUCCCAAAACUCUGUUAGAAUGUUUGUUUUUAUGGAAUCUUGGACAAGCACGAAUCUGGGUCACUCAAGAGGCCACAUUUUUGGUCCAAUCUUGAAAUUGGUCAGAAUAUUUGUCUCCAUGAAAUCACUAGGUCAAACAUGUUUACACUGUAAUGGUGUGUUUCUCAGGUGAGCAACAACCGUGGGCCAUCUUGGCCCUCUUGUUACAGUAUAAUCUAUUGUAUUUUUAGCUCACCUGAUCUUAGGUCAGGGUAAGCUAUUAGUAUGGCGUCCUGCGUCAACAUUUUUACUUAAACCUCCUCUGAAACUACUGGUUAGAAUUUCACCAAACUUGGUCAGUAGCAUCCUAGCAUAGACCUCUAUCAAAUUUACUCAAAUUUUAGGGGCCACCAGAGCUAAAAAUAGAAAAACAUUUAAAGAACUUCUUCUCAUGGAACCACUUGAUAGAUCUUCAUCAAACUUGGUCUGAAGCAUCAUUAUAGGUCCUCUCCAAAGUUUGUCAAUCCCCACCACAAGUGGGGGGGCGUGGUUAUAGGAAUAGUCUCCGUCCAUCCAUCUGUAACAAUUGUGGCGGCUCCAUAUAACCUAAACCACUUGAUGGAUUUUCAUGAAACUUGGGUCAAAUGAUCACCUCAUCAAGACGAUGUGGAGAACUCAUGUGUCAGCCAUGUUGCUCAAGGUCAAGGUCAAAGUUUUGAGCCUUCCAUUUUGUGUCCGUUCUGUAUCUCCUAAACCCCUUGAAGGAUUUUCAUGAAACUAACGUGGGUCAAAUGAUCACCUCAUGAAGACAAUUUGCAGAACUCAUGAGUCUGCCAUGUUGACUCAAGGUCCAGGUCACAACUCGAGGUCAAAGGUUUGAGCCUUCCAUUUUGUUUCAACUCUGUGUCUCCUAAACCCCUUGAAAGAUUUUAGUUAGACUUUUCUGUAAUAUUCUCCUUAUCAAGACGAUGUGCAGAACUCAAAAUUCAUCCACACCAGCUCAAGGUUAAAGUCACAACUCAAAUGUUUCAUGCUUCCACCCAGUAUUAUCAACCCUUUCACUAUCCAUAACAGCGGCAGGUGAUAAAGCUGUCUUUCAGACUGCCUUGUUCUAAUGGGUCCCAUUCGCCUUUUUUAGGAGCUGCUAGAGCUAAAAUAAGAAAUACCUUUAAAAGACUUCUUCUCGUGGACAGCCAGAUGGAUCUUCAUCAAAACUUGGUCUGUAGCAUUAUUAUAAUGUACUCUCCCAAAUUUGUUCAAAUGGGGGGCACUUGGCCCCUUUUUGGGGCCACUAUAGCUAAAAAUAGAAAAACAUUCAAAAGACUUAACUCUUGUGAACCACCUGAUGGAUCUUCAUCAGACUUGGUCUGUAUCAUCAUUAUAAGGUCCUCUCCCAAUUUUGUUCAAUUGGGAGCACUUGACCCCUUCUAAGGGCCACUAGACCUAAAGAUAGGAAUACCUUGAACAGACUUUUUCUCAUGAACCACUUAAUGGGUCUUCAUUAAAUUUGGUCUUUAGCAUAAUUAUAAGGUCCUCUCUCUGAUUUGUUCAUAUUGGUUGCUAGGGCUAAAAGUAAAGAUACCUUUUAAUGACUCUUAUCAUGAACCACUCAAUGGAUCUUCUACGAACAUAGUCUGUUGCAUCAAUAAAAGGUCCUCUCAUAGAUUUGUUCAGUUGGGGUGUUUGGUCCCUUUAAGGGUAAGAUGGUUAAGGUCCUCUUCAGGUGAGCGACCAGGCCUAUUUGAGGCUAUUGUUACUUAUGGUUUCAGGUUCAUGUUAUGAUGCACUUUUGCUCUAUCUCAUUUAUUAUGCUCCCCGGAUUAUACUUAUUAAAUGUUUUGAUACAUU